AUGAGUGCUCCACCUCUUCAGCGCGGACAGCUGCAGCAGCCUCCGCUAUCGUCCCCAUUUCAAUCACGCCGUCAGCACGAAGAGGUAGAGGAGCACCUCCACCAACCGACGCGGCGCUCUCCCGAGGACGAGACGCUGCUUGACUCUUUGUCCUUCACGGAGUCCACCGACUCCACCGUCGCCGACCUCAAGCACGGUGGCAGUUACAGCGGCCGUCAUGACGGGGAGUGGCGGCUUGGCUACGAGGACGAGGAUGUCAAUGACACAUCUGUGGUGCACGAGCAGGGGGAGGUCGAUUACAGCCUUGUGCCCUCUCCACGCCGGGCUGAGAUACACACUGAGCACUGGCCGCGGUGCAGGCGAGGCAGAACGGAGGAAGAGGAGGGGAAAGCGGGAGACGUGAUAACGGCAAGGCAGCCCACUUCACCUGAGUCACGUCUUAGCACAGAGCUUCGCAGUUCGGGUUGCAACUCGUCUGAAGCCGAGGCUGGCGCAGGCGACAAGAGUAGUAGUGACUCGGUGAUUCCAAAUAGUGACGACGGCUGGGUCGCUCACAGUCAUAGGGAGCUUAACCACGCGACGAGUCAUCGGAUAGGUUCUGAGGAAGUAGACGAGGGGGACACAUCCUAUGGUACUCCUCACAUCAGUAGCCGCGAACAAAACAAACACUCAACCAUCGCUGCAGCAAGUCAGUGUUUCGAGCACGCGGCCCAGACGAAUCCCUUACCGCGUACAAGUCGCCAGCUCGUGUACACCGACUCCGGCACAAUGUUCUCACCCACACUAACUGAUGACGUCGUCGAAGAUUCCGACUUCGCAGCAGGGGUUGUCACAGCACUGACAACACCUGACACCGUGCACGAUGACCAGGAUAGCGCCGCUGCAGCGCCAAUAGUGAGAAACCUGGAAGCCCCAGCUGUAUCUCGUGGCACGCUGCAACACCUCUGUGUCGUCGAAUCCGAUAUGAAUGACGCGGCGCUAUCGGCCCCGGGGGCUGGCACCUCGCACUCUUCCUCGCCUGCAGCGCAGGCGAAAGAGGGGUCUCUGAAAAACCCCAUCGCACAGGAGUCUGGCGAGACCGAAGCCUUACAGAAUGUUCACUGUCGCCCGCCACCGCUGUCUGUGGCCUCUCCAUCUGAGCUAAAGCGUGCCGACACUGAGAUGGAGAGCGCCAUGCGGGAGAUGGCGGAGCAACUGCGGUGGCAUGAUCACCACGUAGGCGCCACGGUGGCGGGUGCCAAUAGCGAUGGCGGUGUAGCCAGCCGCGGCAACACGCCGUCUUUCCGCAGGAGUGACGGUGAAAGUCAAGAGGAAGCUGAGGCUAACCGGCCAGUGAAUCGACACAGGAAUCCCUCCUCCUCCUUUUCGGUCCUCCACAACCCAACCGCUGACGCAGCAGACGCCGACGCGAUGAAGAGUGUGCGAGAGGAUGACUGGCUCGUGCGCCAACGGUACAGCCAGGCGGACGUGGGUAAUGCAGAAAGCUUCAACGCGCACCGCAGUGGACGGGCGCUCGGCAACGAGUCUCCUGCACCGGCUUUGGCAGCGUAUAAAUUCUUCUCGCGCCAGCUACAGCCACCGGAAGACCGACGUGCACGCAUUUCUGAGCUCGCGAAGGCCUUGCGCUGGGAUGGCUCCCGUGCCACCUUCACUGGUCCUAGUGGGGGUCCGCUAGCGUCGCCGCCUGCCGAAGGACAACCGCGCGACAGCAUGGAAGGGGUGGCCACUCUCUGCACUCCAUGUGCUGCCAACAGCACGUCGCAUUCUCAUGGCGAGCCCAUGCAGGGCGCUGCUGGCGUAGCAAUGCUCUCGUUGCCGAACACGUCAGCGCCGUCUCUGCAAGGGGAGGUAUUUUCACCGCACCAGCAAGAACUCAUGAUGGCAGACUUGCAGGUGUACUACAACAACAGUUGUCGCCUUGGUGUCGGAGCAGAGGAACAUCGGCGUUGCCCUGGUCUUUCCGAUUCACCUCUUCUAGAGUCCUCGGUUGUAGAGGGGAUGCCGACUGUUACGACAGCUGAAGGGAUCUCAACAGGGGUGGCAGGGGCUGCGGUGUUCAGCGUCGACUUCCCCGCAACCCCACCGCGCAUGCCGCUCACCUCGCGCCGCCAGAGGCCACCGCCGCGGAUGCUGUGCCCGCCUACCCCGUCGCCGUCCCCUUCUCGCUCUACUGCCAUGGAUGCCAUGUUUGCCGUAGCAGCAGCUGUUGAAGAGGGGGAGGCGCUGGAUGCAGGCGUUGUGGUGCCGAGCUUCCCAGAAGUGGCACCGGGCGCUGAGCCGCAGCGGCAGCCGCAGCUAAGUAGCAUCAACACUCCGCCGGGACAGUCUGCAUUGGAGCUCUGUACGACCAGCGCCGGCGUGGAGGUGGUGUCUUCAUCGCUGUGCCGAUCACCCCUGUGGGUUUCGUCUGCAUCAGAGGCACUAGCAGACGCGGUCGUGUCAGUUGUGGCGCCUGCUGUUGCCACGGUUGCGACUGCAGCCGUAGAUGGCGAUGUUAGGGUGAGUGUCGUCAGCUCUUCUUCACCUUGUCAUAAGAUGGCGGAGGAGGACAAUGUCAGUGCUGACAUGGAUCUGCUAGGUGCAUUGGACUGUCAGAAAGGUGCGCUGAGUGAGCCAUGUGCUGCAGCCGACACCUCUGUCGCUGUGAAUGACGCCGACAGGUCGCCUAUGGUGUCACUGUGCAGUGCAAGCAGCGAAUCAUCGCAGCCGCGACUCAACUAUAGCGAUCACACUGUCGCUUCCUCGGCCUACCGCUCAGAUAGCGCUCCGCAGCAAGUCGGUGUCGUCGCGAUCAAGAGUGCCAGCCGUGCUGAGCGUGAGCGAGCAGUUUUCUGUACCACUUUUCAAGGUAGCACAUCUACGCGGAACGCGGCAGUCAGCGCCGCGGUGCCAGUGGUGCGGCAGUCGCUGAUGCGGCAUGACGAUCCUGGGGAAGACUCGCCCGUUGUGCUCGUCGACCUCAUACCCUUUUCCUAUGGCAGGCAGAGGGGAGAUAGGAUGGCGCUUUCGUCGUUACCACGUGAUAGCUGCGGCGAUGCCGUAGCAUCGUCGAGCAUCAGUAGCGUGGCUCGCGCAAGCACUGAGACAGAGAGUGCGGUGGCCGCUGGGAGUGACGCGACAGACGACAUCGCGCGCAGGCACGUCAUCUCGACACGGCAGUCCGCCAGCGCUCGAAAAUUGCGGUCGGCGGCGGCGGUGGAAGGUGAGGAGCAUCCGUACGUGCAGCUCACGCUCUUUCCAUUCUCGGCCGCGUCACCGUCACCGAUACGCCCGUCACUCAGUAACGGGAGUGAGAAAGUGUGGCAGCACUACGAGGCACCGACGCUCUCGUUGUACACCGGUGGUGGCGGUGAGGUAGGUGAGUGCUAUCACGACGACGCAGACAGCAGCAACGCAGAUGACGAAGCGCACCUCCGUUACGAUGAUGGGACUUGCUCUCCGGCGGAACCUACCGCCGCUGCUGCCGCCUGCCCCACUCGCAAAAGUGAGAUACUGGACGACCUGUAUAGUGACGGCGACGGCAUGAAAGAGCAGGCGUACAUCGAGGAGGCUCUGUGCCGUGCAGAGGCGAAGAGUGCAAGGCUGCGCCUCGAGCUGACGUCUGCCGCGGCGCGCACAGCUGAGGCGGAGGCGAAGGCGCAGGCACGGGAGCUGGAGUGCGCAGAACUGCACAUGCUGGUGAGCCGUAUGCAGGUGGAGUUAGCAGCGGCACAGGCAGCCGCUGAGUCGACAACAACGAAGACACGUAUAGAUGCUGAAGUCCAGGUUGUUGCCUGCACCGACCUCUUGGAUGGCACCGCCACAGCAGCUGCCUCGCUCUCAAUUUCACCAAAUCAACUAGACACAGCGACGCCAAGCACCCAGAAGGACAUAGCGCUUUCGGAGGCUGCGGUCUGGCAACGCCGCCAUGAUACCGUGGCGCAGGAGCUGGCCAUUCUCAAGGGUAACAUGGCUGAACAGCUGGCGGUACUGGAUCGGCUAGGCAUGCAACCUCCUUUUUCGGAGGAGCUGGUGCGUGCAGCGGAGCGGCGACUACGGCAUGUCAAAGUUGCUCAUGCACCUGUCACUGCCACGAAGAUCAGCCAACCAGCCGUAACUCUUUCGGAAACUCCACACACACCACCCCGCCCAACAUGCGUCGACAGCACCGCCUCGCAUGGCUUCCCGACGGGCGGCACCUCCGUCACCGCGACAGCGAAGAUGCAAGUAAGAAACGGCAACACGAUCGCGGUUCUGCUGAGCCAGCGCAAGCAGGACCGUCACCUCGAGCAGCCAGCAGCAACGGAUGGGGUAGCGACGGGAGCUGCUGGCUCGGCAACCGCGUCAUCCACGCUGGCACCACCAGGAAAGCGCGAUGGCAGAGCAAACUGCAGUUCCCCGCUGGAUGCCAAAGAGAACUGCGUCGUUUGA